AGGGCAUUUAAAUGGCUACAGUGUGCAGAAGUGUAGCUAGUGUCUGCGGCAGAGCACUGAAACACCCCGAUUAGGGGUUAAUUCAACUUUCAGCUCUGUAAAUGACCAGAUUUGCAACCCAGCGUUAUAUUUUAUAGCUGAUCACUCGUUUUAGAUAGACAAAAAACGUUACGAUCAGGCACAACUGGCUGGUUUGAUCUUAUGCGUAAAAAUGAACGAAGAGGAAGAGGCUGUGCAGAAGGCAAGGCUGUCGUUUGAAGAUCUGUGUCGAGCUCUGAAUAUGGACGAGGAGGCAAGUAAUGGGGCAUGGAGGAGUUAUGAAAAUAUCAGCAAGAAUUACACUUUGGAGGGUAGUGACCUGCACUGGUUGGCAUGUGCCCUGUACGUGGCCUGUAGGACAUCCGUGCCCACUGUUGGUAAAGGCACAGCCGAAGGCAACUAUGUUUCUCUCACACGAAUUCUCCGCUCUUCAGGACAGAGUUUGAUAGAGUUUUUCAGCAAAAUGAAGAAAUGGCAGGACAUGGCCAACUUGUCGAAGGAAUUCCGGCAGAGCACAGAAAAGCUGGAGAGGAACUUUACUGUGACAGCUGUCAUUUUUAAGAAAUAUGUCCCCAUAUUCAAGGACAUAUUUAAACCACCAUCUGAAGAACCGCCUAGAACACACAGAAGCAGGAAACAAAAACGACAUCCCUGCACAGUUGCUGAGCUUUUCCAAUUCUGCUGGGUCCUGUUUGUGCAUGCUAAAGGAAACUUCCCUAUGAUCAGUGAUGACCUUGUGAACUCCUAUCACCUGUUACUAUGUGCACUUGACCUAGUUUUCUCCAACUCUCUGCUGUGCUCCAGCCGCAAAGAUCUCCUCAAUCCAUCUUUCAAAGGCCUUUCAGAAGACUUUAACAGUAAGGAUUAUAAACCAGGUGCUGGCCCACUCUGCUUCAUAGAGCAGUUGUGUGAGCUGCAUCAUGGUGUGGUACUCGAUGCUAAAGGGGUGAAGGAACACUUCUGGAAGCCCUUUAUCAAGAAACUAUUCGAACGCAAGAUUUUAAAGGGAAAAGAAGAGACACUGACUGGGUUCCUGGAUCCUGUUCAUUUUGGAGAUUGUCUUUCAUCUUUAAACCGGGCAUAUGAGGAGCAUGUUUUGUCAUCAGGCGCUCUAGAUGAGAGGAUAUUUCUGGGUCAAGGAGCGAGAGAGGACAUUGGUACACCAGGACCAUAUCUAUGUGAGGGGACAGAGAACCAGGACAGACCUACCAGCAUUCUGCACAAAUCUCUUCCUGCAUCAGCUCUGAAAGUGUCCACUCCACUGACAGGGAGGACGUACUUACAGGAGAGUACUUUUGGCACUCCAGUGUCCACAGCGAUGGAGGGCAUUGCACGUCUGCACAGUCUCCUGGCAGGGCUCAAACAUAGACCGAGCCUAAGACUGAAAGACAUGCUGAAGGCCUGUGCAAGAAACCCCAGUGAAGCCAUUGCAUCCAGACUGAGGGAGAUGUCCGAGACAUUCCUCCAGAGCUUUGAAGCAAAGGGAGAGGAAAACAGAGGUCUGGAAAGAGAUAUUGCAGUGAAAUACUUUUGCCUAGCCGAGGCACUGUAUUAUAAGAUACUGGAGGGCAUUAUUGACCAGGAGAAGAGGAGACUUGGUGACACUGAUCUCUCUUGUAUUCUAGAGCAGGACAUGUUCCACCGUUCUCUGAUAGCCUGUUGUCUAGAAAUUGUCAUCUUCUCCUACCACCCACCCGGCGAGUUUCAGCGAGUUCUGCAGACCUUUGAGAUUCCUCCAUAUCACUUUUAUAAAGUGAUCGAGGUGCUGGUUCGGGCAGAAGAAGGUCUUGUUAGGGAGGUGGUGAAACAUCUGAACCAUGUGGAGGAGCAGGUGCUGGAGAGCUUGGCCUGGAAAGAGAGUUCCCCACUCUGGGAGAGCAUUAAAGGUGCCAAGAACCGUGUGCCUUCCUGUCAGGAGGUAAUGCCUCCUCAGUACCUGGAGAAUGGAUCUGGCACCCUUAACAGCCCCAAAACUAAUGAGCUUGGUGGUAAUACUGCAGGAACAGGAAAAUGUAAAGGAGUGUCCUCCUCUUCAACAACUCUCCAUGAGCGCUACAGCUCACCACCCACAGGUCCAGCACGAAGACGUCUCUUUGUGGACUCAGAGAUGACCCCCGACUCUCCUGCAUCAACCCGGGUGGGCCAGCCCACACUGGUCAGCACCAUACCAGCAGGCCAAACCGUGGUCACUAUGGCAACAGCUACUGUUACUGCUAACAAUGGCCAGACCUUCACAAUGCCUGUGCAAGGAAUAGCCAACGAGAAUGGAGGCAUCACAUUUAUCCCAGUGCAGGUGAGUGUGACAGGACAGAGUGGACCAGGACUGCAGACUCUCACCGCCCAGGCUCUGACUGGCUCGCUGAACACCCAACAGCUGACGACCACCAUGCCUGCUGGCAAUGCUCACACCAGCCCUACAGCCAGCAAGCAUGCCAAGAUGAGCCCUCAGCAGGGAACACCAAACAGAGCGCAGAGAACAGGCUCCCUCUGUCUAUUCUUCCGCAAGGUGUAUCACUUGGCCAGCGUGCGUCUCCGAGACCUGUGUGUGAAGUUGGACAUCAGCACAGAUCUGCGCAGGAAGAUCUGGACCUGCUUCGAGUACUCGCUGGUGCACUGCCCCGAGCUCAUGAUAGACCGCCACCUCGACCAACUACUCAUGUGUGCCAUUUAUGUCAUGGCUAAGGUGACAAAAGAGGAUAAAUCCUUUCAGAAUAUUAUGAAGUGUUACAGAUCUCAGCCUCAGGCCAGCAGCAGUGUUUACAGGAGUGUUCUGAUAUCAGGACGAAAGAGACGCCACUCUAGCAACAAUGAAAACAACAGACAGAGCUCUCCAUCUGAGGCAGGCCAUGAACAAGCAGCAGCGAGUGGUAACAGCAGUCCCGUGUCGAUGCGCUCCAGUAGCACACUGCCUGUUCCUCAACCCAGCAGUGCUUCCUCUACACCCACCCGCACACCCGGCGCAUUGCCAGAGCAGGAUGAGGAGGAGGAGCGGGGGGACCUUAUUUGUUUCUACAACCACGUCUACAUCAAAAAGAUCAAACAGUUUGCUCUGCGUUACUCCACCAGCUCACCUAAAGCAGGGGCAGAGACGCCACCUCUGUGUCCUUAUCCUUUGCUUCGAUUCGGAUCACCACGUAGAGUUCUUCUUUCUCACAACCACUCCAUCUACAUCUCUCCCCAUAAGAGUGACAGUCCACUCACUCCUAGAGACAAAAUCUUCUACUACGUCAGCUCAAGUCCCUCAAAUCGACUGCGGGAGAUUAACAGUAUGCUCCGCACUGGAGAGACGCCCACCAAGAAGCGCAGCAUGACUCUGGAGGAGGAGCAGCAGUCUCCUGCUAAGAGGCUGUGCCAGGAGAACCACAGCGCUCUCCUACGCCGCCUGCAGGAUGUCGCCAAUGACCGCAACAAUUCCCAUUAAUGCAGACAGCACCACAAGGCUGAAAAUAAUGUAUGAAAAUACAUUUCAGGAAAUGUCCAAUGUAAGAAAGUGCACUGGAUGAGAACACAUACAGAACAGGCAGAUCCAUAUACUCCAGCACCUGAGCAGAAACAUGGAACAGACACAGACAUGUGCAAAAACUCACAUUUAACAGUAGCACCUUUUGCACUGAGACUUUUUUGGUUUUAAAAUACAGAGGGAUUAUGUUUAUUUACAGGGGUCUGUAAUAAUGCACGGAUUAACAUCUACCUUUUAUACCGUUUAUAAAGAAAACAAAUGCCAUGUGGUUAUUUAUAGUUUAAUACCUUUUGAACCAAUAUUAUAUGCUUUUAGAUACCUUUCCUGCACAUGUUAGAAAAAGGAUUAUUUACAUAAACAAUGUAUUUGUCAGCAAAUCAUGCCCUGCAUUUGGCAUUGUACUGGCUUUAAGAAAUAUUUUCAUAAAAGAAAAGUUUAUAAUGUAUAGUGACAAUAGUUCCUGAUUUCUUAAUUCAUUAAGAAAUUAUUGAGAACACUUUUAUAUGCUGAACUGUGUUUUAUUUCUUGUGUAUUUGUGAUAUAUAGCUAAUAUAUUUAUGCUAUUUUUCUAACUUUAGUUAGAGAGAUAUCAGUUAAAGACAACUGACAUGUUAAUAGUAUACACAUUUUAAAGUAAUAUUUAUUAUUAAUAUUUGUCUUGCAUGUACAUAAUAUUUGUGUAAAACAAAAUAUUAUGUUGACUUAGCAUUUCUUUUCUCGCAUUUGUUCGGUUUUGUUGUUUGCUUGUUCUCAAAUGUGGCAUCAGUAUAAUCCAUGUGUGUCAUGUUCAUGAGCAGUCCCAUUUCUAGUAAGUGCCUUUUCUAUUUUUGACUUUCAUGGACUUUGUAUGCACAGCUAACCUAGAGCUGGUGUUAGUUUGCUUACCUGUCAUUUAAAAGAAUUAAAGAAAUUGCACUGACGCA